AUGUGUUUGCCGAAUCGUAUGCUUACAUUUGACCUAGCUCUAAUUUUGGGCUUUGCCUAUACAUUCGCACAGGACAACAAAUUCAAGAAAGUCUCCUUCUUCGUCAUCAAAUUUCAAGCAAUCUGGCUACCAUGGGCUAUUCUUGGGCUUACACUCGUCCUCGGUGGACCUAAUGCGGCAAUGAGACAAGUCACUGGGCUUGUUGCCGCACAUCUAUAUGACUUUCUAACCCGGAUUUGGCCUGUGUAUGGCGGUGGGAAGAACUAUGUCGUGACUCCGACUUUUGUCAAACGGUGGUUUGGCGCUGACAAGCGCGGUUCAACAGUCAAGGCAUAUGGGACGGCGAUCAGACCUCAGAGCCACACAGCAAAAUUGUAUGACGACAAUAUGUAUAAUGACUCGACUAUGGACAGCGCACUUUUACAAAAUGAUAUUGAAGUCCUCCUUGUCCUCCUUGUCCUGGACUAA